UCUCUUUCACUCAAAAGGCCUAUAAAAGAUUUUAAUAUAUAUAUAUUCUAACUGAAUAAUUAAAGGAACGGUUUUUAUUUUGUAUUUUUAUUUAAUUUAAUUUGUUUUUGUUUUUUUGUGGGUGGUGGUGAGGAUCGUGUGCUCGUACGGAUAAGGUUUGGUGGUGGCCGGAAUAUGCCGACGCCGGUGAGCGUUGCUCGGCAAUGCUUGGCGGACGCGGCGGCGGCGGUUCUAGACGACGCUGUCACCGUCGCGAAGCGGCGGGGCCAUGGCCAGACGACGUCGUUGCACGCGGUCUCUGCUUUGUUGGCUUUGCCGUCUUCCGCCCUCCGUGAGGCCUGCGCACGCGCCAGGAGCAGCGCGUACUCUCCACGCCUGCAGUUCCGGGCGUUGGAGCUCUGCGUCGGCGUCGCGCUUGAUAGAAUUUCGGUUUCGAAGACUGGUGGUGGUGGUGGUGGAGGGGAGCAGGAGGCGCCGCCGGUGUCGAAUUCACUCAUGGCGGCGAUUAAGAGAUCGCAGGCUAACCAGAGGCGCCAUCCCGAGACCUUCCAUCUCUACCAGUUUAGCUCGAGCUCGCCGUCGAUCUCCGCCGUGAAGGUCGAGCUGAAGCACUUCGUAAUGUCGAUUCUCGACGAUCCGAUCGUCAGCCGUGUCUUCGACGACGCCGGUUUCCGGACGCACGAGAUCAAAUUGGCGGUCCUCAACCCUCUCACCAUGUCCAGAUUCUCUUCUACCUCCUCCCGUCCGCCGCCUCUUUUCCUCUGCAACCUCCGCGAUUUUGAUCACAACAAACCCUAUCCUAAUUUCCCCUUCCCCGACGCCGGCGACGACAAUUCACGACGGAUUAGUGAAAUUCUCCUCACUACCAACCGGAGAAAGAAUCCACUCCUCAUCGGCGCCUGCGCCGGUGCAGCCUACCGGAAUUUCACCGAUUCCCUAACCAGAGGCGACGCCGAACACCUUCCCAAAGAAAUCAACGGCCUGAAAGUGGCAUCCAUCGAGCACAGCCUCUCCGAAUUCAUCAACGGAGCUAUUACUGAAGAUUCCAUGAAAUUGAAGCUCCAACAAUUACUGGAUGGUUCCCCUGCACCGGGAAUCCUCGCUGCCUGUGGAGAUCUGAAAAUGUUUAUAGAAUCCGAAUCCUCCGGCGCUGUUGGCUCCGUAGUUGCAGAGCUGAAGAAGCUGCUAACCAGACCUGGUUCAAAAUUGUGGCUGAUCGGGUAUCUUGCAGGCGAUGAUGAUUAUACUAAGCUGGUUAAGCAGCUUCCUUGCAUAGAACAGGAUUUGGACUUUCAUCUGCUCCCCAUCACGACUUCCACUGCAGGAAAGUGUUUCAAAUCAAGUUUGAUGAAGUCGUUUGUACCAUUUGGUGGAUUCUUUCCUAUACCUUCUGAGCUUGAAAGUCCAUCUACCACUGCAAUUCAAUCUUCGAAACUUUGCAAUUCAUGCAAUGAAAAAUGCGAGCUCGAAGUGGAUGCUGCUCUGAAGGGGCAAUCUGGCGAUUCGGGUACCUACAAGGGGCCGGGGGAUCUGUCUUCUUGUCUUCAAAUUACAGGCUGCAAAACAAGUCUCAAGACAUCUAGCAGGGUAGAGACCAAAGAAGACAAAGCUCUACUCGACGCCCGAAUCUUGGGUCUGCGGAGAAAAUGGAACGAUAUCUGCCAGAGGCUUCAUUGCACCCGGAAAUCUAAGGGCGAAGUUAUAAAACCCGACUCGCACACUUCUACCUUCCCUUCUUUCCGAAAAUUUCCUAAUUUAAAUCCUUGCGUAGCUUCAGAGUUGCGGAAGAACUCUCAAUCUGAGUCGGAUGUUUAUACAUCUUCUCGGCCUGUUUUACGCGUGACCACAGAUUUGAGGCUCGGAACAAUCUACAAUUCUGCUGUUGAUUGUGGACGAAAACCCGACUGGCAAGACAGCAUUCAGAAUUCGGAAUCAUCUAGAAGCUGUGAGAAAUCAUCCGGUCAGGUUUCUCAAUCUCCAUCUUGCUCGCACAAUUUUGAAAAUUACGUAAAAGACCUCGAACAGCCGUGGAAAGGUUUAGCCGAGAAGGUAUAUUGGCAGGCAGAAGCUGUGCGAACGGUUAGCGAAACUAUAUCGCGCUUCAGAACUGGCAGUCGUGUUCGACAGCUCCUGAAUGGUAGAAAUGUCUGGCUCGCCUUUUCGGGAUUAGACAUUGUCGGUAAGAGAAAAAUAGCUGCCUCGGUUGCAGAGAUACUGUUCGGAAAGAACGAACACUUCAUACGUUUAAAUCUCGACGCCCGGGAUAUGAGCUGUGAAGUUAACUCGGUUAUUGAUUGUUACGAUUCCCAACGGUAUGGUAAUGUGAUGUCUGGAAGAAAAACAAUCGUCGAUCAUCUGGCAGAAGAGCUGAGAAUGCAUCCUCAUUCAGUCGUGCUACUCGAAAACGUCGAGAAGGCUGAUUUCUUGGUCCAGCAAAGUUUAUUGCAAGCCGUGAAGACGGGUAAAUUCCGGGAUUCUUACGGUCGGGAUAUCAACAUCAGUAAUGCUAUCUUUGUUCUCGCAUCGACUGUCCAAAAGCGAUGCGACGAUCCACAUUUAACGUCGGAGUUUCCAGAAGAAAAAAUACGUGAGGCCCAGAACCUGCAGAUGCAAAUCUCGGUCGAAUCUGCGCGAGGAAUCGAGAAAAGUGAAAGUUCGGGGAAUGUUUUAGUGAGCUGUAAAAGGAAAUAUGUCGAAAAUGAUUCGACCAGCUCGAAACGAGCGCGCGGGUUUCCAAGAUCCGUCAUCGACUUAAACUUGCCGGUAGUCGAGGAGAACAGCACGAUCGACGACGACGACGAUGAUAACUCGGCUGAUUCUUCGGAAUUAAUUUGGUUGGAAGAGCUGCUGGGUCACGUAGACGAAAAUGUGUUAUUCAAACCAUUCGAUUUCGACGCGCUCUACAGUCGUAUACUGAAGGAUAUCGACACUUUGGUAAGGAAAGCCGUCGGAGUUGCAAAUGUAUUAGAGAUUCACGAGGACGUAAUGGCGCAAAUGCUUGCGGCGGGUUGGGUAGCCAGCGACGAGAGUGCGUUGCGGGAUUGGAUCGAACACGUUCUAUGUCGAGCUAUUCGAGAAAUCGGGCGGAAGCGCAGUGACACUGGCGGCGGCGAUUCGAUCGUGAAACUAAUGCCGUGCGACGGGGCUGUUAUCGACGUCGACUCCCGGGCCCCCGGGAGUUGCCUUCCGGCGAGGAUAAAUUUGAUCUGAGGCUAUUAUUCAGGUAUGUUUGUAUGUAUGUAUUAUGUAUGUAUGUACGUACGUUUAUUAGAGUUACAGGUACUGGAUCUACUGCUAUUGAUACAUUACAUAAAUAUAUAUAUAUGUCUCUUUUGGGAGUAA